AUGUUUUUGAAGUUGAUAUUUUUUGUGUUCUCAACAUAUGGAUCUUAUGCUCUAAGCUCUUCAAGUAAUACUGCAGCUUCAGGCUAUGGUGAAAGAGGCAAAAUUGAACUGAAUACCUGUUGCAAAGAAAUUGUCAAUACAGUUGAGGAAGCGGGUUCAGGGAAAGUUCACAAGCGAUCCGUGGACAAUAGAAAACCAAUCAGGCCAUUAAAAGCGUCAGAAGUAUUAGAUGACGCAAAUCCUUGUUUGCCCAACCCCUGCCAACACAGUGCACUAUGUGAAUGGACACCCAGGAGUACCCCUCCAUUUAUCUGCCACUGUCCCGUGGGUUACGUGGGAGAAUCAUGCGAAAAGGAAUCAGGUGGCAUCAGGCCAGAAGGGGGCGAAACUAUCCGACAGGAUAAGGAUUUGACGCUUGUUAACGUCAUAAAAAUGAUCGAUGGUCCAACAGCUACCCGGAUGGCGAUCAUAUUUGGUGCAACUGUACUUGGGAUUGUGCUUAUUAUCAUCAUCCACUGCUGCAGGGUGUUAAGCAGAAAGAAAAAGGAGGACGCGGAGUAUCUGAAACGCCUUCAGACAGGGGACAUCCCUAAGACCCUACCCCCGGGCUGUUGUGAACUGAGUAACGUGGUGUUCUUUGAAACAUUGUGCUGUCUGGGUGCCAUUAAAGACAGCAUAAAGAAGGAGACAGCCGAAGUGGAUGUUAACCAGUUGGUUUCUGAAUUAAAACUCGUGAGAAGUAUGUCUAGGAUGUCAAGGGCCCCUGACAGAUUGAUCCCAGAGGAGAGAGGAAGCAAGCAGUCUUUAAAAUCCAAUCGAAGCAAAAGAAACUCUGAUCAAAGAAUUCACCGAGAAAGGAGAACAAAACCAGAGUCUAAAAUAAGUCAUUCUGAUGAGAAGAAAGACGAUUCUUACGUCAUCAAUUUUGAGGGUGGAGAAACAGGUGUGGACAACACAAAAGUAGACAUUGAUUAUGCAGAGAGUCUUAAGUUUUCAACGAGAUCUCAGCCAGCAUCCAUAGAUGACAAUGAACAGAUUAUCAGAGAAACUAUAUGUAGCUGUGGUCGACUAACAACUGCUAAGCCACAACCAUAUGAACCAAAGCCUGAAAGAUCCAAAUCUCAACAGUUGAAUGCAUCAAAGUCUAGCCAUAUUAUGUACAAUGAGGAGAAUGGAAGGCGAAAAAACAGCAGAGUCUGCUCACAUCAUCGAGGAUCUUACCAAUCUGUCGUAGACCAAGCAAAGCCAGGUGGACGUAUUGAUAACCUUGAAAAUCAAAAAGGCAGCAGAACUUGCUCACUCGAGCGAAGAUCUCAUCAAUCUUUUACAUCUAAACAAAACGGAGAGUCGUUUGAACAUAAGCGUAUGACAAAAGAAAAUGGCGAACCAUUACUAGAACCAUUAGAAGCUCAAAACGGUGCUGAACCAUAUCCAGUAGGAAUGAAACAGCAUGAUUUGCAGAAGUCUACUCAGACGUUAACAAAAAAUGAAGAACAAGAAUAUUGCAGUGUCUGUCAGCCAAAGCAUCGUUCUUUGAUCCACCAUUCUCACGGAGAAAACUUAGUAUCAGAUAUACCAUCCAGUAGAAAGAUUUCAGCACAAACUCAGACGACUCCACAAUAUUUAUCACCAACAGACCGGCCGUCUUCAGGCCACAUUCGGACGGCUUCAGUCAAACAACCUGUUUCACCGCCUCCAUUGACACCCAUACAUUAUCAGCCAUCGCAGCUUUCUGGAUUUGUACGUGUAGACAAAUCACAGAAUUUUCCAUCUUGUGCACUUAAUCUAAGCCCUGUUCAGAGUGUUCAUCAGAGAGAAUCCAUUGGGAUGCAGAAAAAACUUUUCUCAUUGGAAAACUACAUUGUAGAAGGAAUGCAGGAAAACAAUUCGAACGCUCCAGGUCAUCAUCCAAUCUCAGGAGAUGGGGUUAUCUAUUCACAUCACAGUAUCAAUAAAUGCAGUAAUCGUACAACUUCUAUGCCCUCCUCAACUUUGAUUCGCGGACUUGAGGAAGUCGGAAGAAGCAAUUCAGAUCAGGGCGAGAAAUUACGGAGCAACUUUAUAAUUCACCCCGAAAGAUCGACUCAGUAUCUAAAGGACCGACUGCAGGAACAACAUUCCAAACCUUCAUUUCAUUCUUAUCGAGACAUGUACAUCCAAGAAAACCGGGAAAAGAGGGCGUCCGAUCAACAGUUGUCAAAUUAUCGGGUAAAAGAUGAUGUUCCCAAAAGCCAAGACUCAAGAGUUUCUACAAAGCAGCGUUCAAGAGAAGAUGAAAAGGAAUGGUUUGUUAAACAUUAUGAACCAAUUGGAUCUCGUAUGAAUGCAAGACGAAGUUAUUCGCAGCCAGAAGUAUUUUACAAAACGAAAGAUGUUUCAGAUCCCAACGAAAUUUACUAUAACCAAGACUGCCUACCAAAAUAUGCUGAAUACAUGAAUAAUGAAAACGAACAUAUUGUAAUGCCUAUUUACAGAGUUCCAAACACACAACCGUCAACAAAUCCAUAUCAGACAACAUAUCGAGAACAUUUUGGGGUGGUGCAGAACACCAGAAACCGGGCACGAAUGGAUCGCCAAUUUGUGGAUUCCGGAAUUGAAGUGAAUGGAAGCAGAGAAACCGAAUCCAGUGAAAGAUAUCGACGUAUGGCUCGAGGAUCUCCCCUUUCUCAAUAUCUUCAAGCUGUAGAAAAAUCAAAAAGCCCUGACUAUAGAUCAGACAGGGGAAGGAAGAAAGAAAGAGAAUAUGAUUUCGAGUCCCGGUCCUCGAGUCGAGACCGUAGUUACGGUCAAGGACUUUCAACGUCGAUCGAACGUAAUUUGGAAGAUGAUCGAGAGGUUUUAAACUUUUUAAGCGAUAGGAGAAGUGUCAGUAGCUUUGUUGAAGCCGCUCGUAGCAGCCCAGAAGAUGCCAGGCAAUCUCGUUUCAGUAAAUAUACAGGCCAAAGGCGUCGUUCGGCCCCUUCAGGAGCUGUUCCAUUUGAUUUUGAAGAACGCGAUAUAAAUACACAGAACGAUGAGGAUGUUCUAGAUUAUCUUCGCAAGAAAAAGACCGUCAGUGCUUUAGUGGAGAACAGUCGAGAAACAAUGCCGAGGACUUUUGUCCAUCAGUAUGAGGAAAACCGACAUUUAAAUAUACCCCCACGGGAACGAGAUCGAGAGGAGGAUGAGGAGGUGUUGUAUUACCUUAGGCAGAGGAGAAGUGUUAGUGGUAGAUCGGAAGAAGAAAGUCAGGAACGAGAGAGGAUUAUGCAAAGUGUGAGGGAGGAUUAUGAAGAUGUAGCGCCCCCAGCUUUAAAUACGAUGGGAAACCUCAACGAGGAAUUGAAAUACACAAAAAUGUUUGCAAAGAACACUGUGGCAUAUCCACCAGCAGCUGCAAAGAUAGGGGAGAGAAAAGACAUUAAAGUGCCUAUUAUGUCUAGAAAUGUGUUUUCUCCACCACCUUCAAACAGAGGAAGUCCACAAAGGCAUGUAGCAAAGGAUGACGAACAUUCUACGCCAUAUCAAGAAUUUCUGAGGAAAAGCAUGAUUCGUUUUCCUGUGAAAGAUAUAGAUAUCCGUCGUUCUAGAGAUGCCCUGAAAGGUAAUAGACUGCAAGAGUUGUUGAACAAAGACAAUGCACCGGUUGAGAAAGCGAAAGAUGCCUCUUCCUCUUCAGGAACUUCCUCGAGAAACCCUCUCAGGCGAAAUUUGGGGCAUUAUGGAAAUAACAAUAAUAUCGGGUCAAGAUCACACUUGAACGUUGCAAUGGAAGAAUUCCCAAAAGAUUUAUGGCAUGGAAAUCAAAGAGAGGGAAUUCAAUACAACAACAAGCCUUAUGCUGUGAGAGGAGAAUCCUUCACAAGAGCUGACGAGAGGCAAUUUCUGCAGCAAGUAAAACGAAGAGGCAAUGAAGAAAGUGUGAAUUAUCAGAUCAGAGGUCAACGGCCAAGGACUUCAACAGGAGGGAGCAGAAACCUCACUCUCAACGAAUCGCAAGAUAUUUCUCAUUUUGGGAAUGACAGUAGUUUUUACUCUAAAAGACGAAGUCCAAAACACAGUACUCCAAAAGAGUCUCCGGUAGAUCCGGAGCUACAGAGAAUUUGGGAGAGUCGAACUAAUCAACAACAGUCGGGAUCACUUUUGGAAGUUAUGCGCAACAGUCAGACAAUUCAGGAUAGAUUUUUCUCCAAACCAGAUAGUUUCAAUAACAAAAGAACUGAACGUGAUCAUCUCCAUAACGACGGUUGGGAUACUGAUGCUGAAUCGCCGACACGGAGAAAACGUAGUGUGGAUAUGAUAUAUCAAAAUCAAGGAUUGGUUCAAAACAAUCAACCUCAACAUGCCGUGUCAAAAUCCAGCAACAGAAGUAUUCCCAACUUACAAACAUUGAGCUCUUUUCAAGGUGUACCUGCUUCGAGUUUUCACAGUGGGGUAUCGGAAACUUUACUGGGACCACAAAGCUUACUGGGUGAUCGACAUCAGGUUCAAAGGCCGUCUUUCAUUGGUUAUCACCAGUCACGUGAUAUUCCUGUUCAUUUUAAUCGUGGACAAAGAUUACCGAGCAGUAAGGAGACAUUUGACUCUGAUGAAUCUAUUCCAAAAACUCCACCACCUCCUCCGCAUUAUUAACAUUUAAAAUUUUCAUAUAUUUUCUUCAAUUACUGAGAAUUCUAAAUUAUAUGAAGGUGUACAUCAAAUACAUAAACAAUUUGUUUUAUUAUUAUGGAAAUAUCUGAACCAUUUGACCAAAUGUGAAAAAUAGAUAUUUCCUUACUUGUAAAAAGUAUUCAUUGCCACUUUUUCACUCAGUCGGACAGAAUUUGGAACAUUCUUUGUAGUUUUUAAUAACUGAAUCAGUUUAUCAAAUUGGUGAAAAUAAUGGAAUAAGAUCUUUGAAUUUCUAUGCAUUAACCAGUUAGAAACACUUGGAAACCCAGAAAAAUUCCUAUUUGUUAAUUCUCAGUGGCAUAUUUGAUGGGGUGCUUCAUUUUUUUCUGAAUCCUUUGUUUGCUAUUUUUUUUUUAAUUUCAGGAUCAAAAUGUUAACGUUUUUAAUAAAAAUAGGACCUA